CCCGCUCACACUGACCUACCAGUUUCUGCAGCGCAACUUGAAGGAAACCGGGGCUCUAGCAGGAACACGCCCAGUGGCUCAAUACUGGAAUAAAUCACAUCGGCAUGGCCGCUAUUUUUGGGAAGAUAAUAUUUGGCAUUUAUGUGGACAUCAAAAGGAGCGAUGGCAGAAUACACCAUGCGAUGGUCACGGCUCUCAACGAGGAGAACGAGAGCGUGACAGUGGAAUGGUUGGAGAAUGGAGACACCAAAGGGAAAGAGAUUGACCUGGAGAGCGUUUUCGCUCUCAAUCCACAUUUUGCACCUGAGGAGGAGGUGCCACUGAGUCCAGAGACUCCACCUUCCUCCACCUCUACUGCUGCCAAAGCCACCAAGCUGCCCAAGAGUCGACGGACAAUCGUUCCACCCAAGACUGAGAACCCAAUGCGAGAGAACAGAGCUGCAUCGGUGGGCACCACCCGGGCCCGGCCCAGCCACCAGGUCCCGCCCAGCGAGCCCCCCCCGCCCGCCAUCCAGCCCCCGCCCACACAGGCACAGACCCUGCUGCAGCAGCAGAUGGCGCGGAGAAAGUCCAACUGUGUGAAGGAGGUGGAGAAGCUGCAGGAGAAGAGGGAGAAAAGGAGACUCCAGCAACAGGAACUCAGAGAGAAGAAAGCACAAGAGGUGGAUGCCACUCUACCCAACUAUGAGAUCAUGUGUAUGAUCAGGGACUUCAGGGCCAGUCUGGACUACAGGCCACUAAACACCACUGAUCUGAUAGAGGAGCACAGGAUCUGUGUCUGUGUACGAGCACGCCCCCUCAACAAAAAAGAGCUGACCACAAAGGACCUGGACGUGAUCACCGUCCCCAGCAAGGACGUGGUGAUGGUCCACGAGCCCAAGCAGAAGGUGGACCUGACCCGCUACCUGGAGAACCAGACCUUCCGCUUCGACUACGCCUUCGACGACAGCACCACCAACGAGAUGGUCUACAGGUUCACUGCUCGUCCUCUGGUUGAGACUAUAUUUGAAAGGGGGAUGGCCACCUGUUUUGCGUACGGACAAACUGGAAGUGGAAAAACACACACUAUGGGUGGGGACUUCUCUGGAAAGAACCAGGACUGCUCUAAAGGGAUUUACGCCCUUGCAGCCCGAGAAGUGUUUGUCAUGUUAGGGAAACCAAACUACAAGAAACUUGACCUUCAGGUCUUCGCCACAUUUUUUGAGAUUUACAGCGGAAAGGUGUUUGACCUGCUGAACCGGAAGGCCAAGCUGCGGGUGCUGGAGGAUGGUAAGCAGCAGGUGCAGGUGGUGGGGCUGCAGGAGAAGGAGGUCAAGUGCACAGAAGACGUCCUCAGACUCAUAGAGGUCGGGAACAGCUGCAGGACCUCGGGACAGACGUCGGCCAACGCACACUCGUCCCGCAGCCACGCUGUGUUCCAGAUCAUUCUGCGGCGACGGGGCAAGAUGCACGGCAAGUUCUCCCUCAUCGACCUGGCGGGGAACGAGCGCGGCGCCGACACGUCCAGCGCCGACCGGCAGACCCGCCUGGAGGGCGCCGAGAUCAACAAGAGCCUGCUGGCGCUUAAGGAGUGUAUCCGCGCCCUGGGACGAAACAAACCACACACUCCGUUUAGAGCUAGCAAGCUAACGCAGGUCCUGAGGGACUCCUUCAUCGGGGAGAACUCUAGAACAUGCAUGAUUGCAACGAUUUCUCCUGGGAUGGCCUCCUGUGAAAACACACUCAACACACUGAGAUAUGCUAACAGAGUGAAGGAGUUUGGGAUCAGUCCCUCCGACAUUCCCUUCGUCCAGAGCGGAGGAGGGGGUGGGCGUUCAGAGCUUUCCCCCACCUUUGAGUACGGAGACCUGGCCAACAGGACCAAGGAGCUGUCUCUGGACGGCGAGGGGCUGAUGGACAGCCCUCUGGGGGACCACCAUGCCCAGCUGGAGGUCCUGGAGGCCCAGUGGGGCGUGGGCAGCUCCCCCCAGAGGGACGACCUCAAGCUGCUCUGUGAACAGAACGAGGAGGAGGUGUCCCCACAGCUCUUCAGCUUCCAUGAAGCCGUGUCCCAGCUGGUGGAGAUGGAAGAGCAGGUCCUGGAGGACCACAGGGCCGUGUUCGGGGAGUCUAUUCGCUGGCUAGAGGACGAGAAGGUGCUUCUGGAAAUGACGGAGGAAGUGGACUAUGACGUGGACACGUACGUCACCCAGCUGGAGCAGAUCCUUGACCAGAAGAUCGACAUCCUCAGCGAGCUCAGAGACAAAGUGAAGUCCUUCCGCUCCGCCCUUCAGGAGGAGGAGCUCGCCAGCAAGAAGAUCCCCAGCAUGGUCAAGAAGUGUCGUGCUCUAUAGACACACACACGCGCGCGCAUGCUUCUCCUCUGCCAACCGAAUUAUCGGAAAAGCCAUUUUUCUUUGCAGUACUUGAUUUGCGUUUUUUUUAGGUUACGAUGUCAUUCCUCAUAUUGUCAAUGCAACCUGACGAUUUUUUAUUGUAUUUAUUGAGUAUUUUACAAGCACUUUAUGUUGAGAAUUCCGAGCGAAUUCAUUUUUAAACUGGAUAACUAUAACAUAUUGUUAUUUGUUAUGUUUUGGUUGUAAUCCCUUAAAUGCUGAAUGGUUUCUCAGUGUGCCGGAGCGCUUCUCACACACGUCAUCUCACUUUGUUAUUCCGACAGGAUUUAAAUCCACACUAAGCGUGAUCUAAAAGGCAUCAGUGUGUUUUAAAACCCGUUUUAAGAUUCUGCGUUGUCAUUUAUUACUUUUGUGAUCAAUAUUUCUUCUUAUUUACCAUCAUCUCUAUGAGACAGCCAUUCAUACGAAAAUUCAAUGGCAAAAUGGUAAAUAAUGAGAGCAUCAGCAACUGUAAAGUCUAUUUGUUUUUAUUCCACAGUACAGUCAAUGAUGAAGCAAACUGUGGCCCAGGGUUAAGAAAAGAAAAAAAAUGUAAUCUGAUUACAUCAGAUUAUUUUACAGACAUAAGGAACUAAUAUAAGUAGUAAAACAGAUUACUCAUACUCUGAAAGAAAGCAACACAUGGACUAAGAGCCCCUCUUAAGAAGCAUUGUUACUUAUAUUAUAAAGUUGGCCCACACACAGUGCUCUUUCCAAUGGUAUUGAAUGCUUUAAGAAGUGUAAAACAAAGUUUAAUAAAGGUUCAGACCACCCACUUGGAUUAAA